CGUCAUUAUAGAAUAUUAUUUAUUUGAAUUUGACGUUUAAAAAUGGGAAACCAUGAAGAUAUACCUAAUGAAUCCCAAAAUUCUGAGGGGACAACUGUUAAAACCCCAAAACCAGGAGAGCCAACUUCAAAAUCCGAGAUAUUGACAGAAAUAUUUAAAAAUGUUAGAUCCCUUAUAAAAUCUGCAACGAUUUUUGACCGAGAAUUAGGUUAUCUUAAUGAAACCAAGAUUAUGGUUGGAGAAUUGAUUACGCCUUUAAUAUUGGCAUCACUUGGGAAUGGAAAAGAAGAUCCACCUCUCAAAAAAACUGUUGACAUCGUUCAGGAUGUUUUUCUAAGGUUAAAUGCUGUGCAAUUGUACAUUCAACUUGCCAAAAUGCAUACUGAGAAGUUAAUGGAGUAUAGGAAGCGCUUUAGUAAAUGCUCAAAUAAAGAUGACGAAGCAGCAAAUGAAAAACGACUAAUUAAGACAUUACAUAGGAUUGAAGAUAUUCUGGAAAAUAAGCUUUACGCUAAAUUAAUUCUUCAAUCUGGUUAUGAGCUACUUAAAACUAUGGAGGACGUAUCUAUUCGUGAUGAAAAUGGCAUGGUAGAUUUAUUGGCUAUGUACAAGAUACAGUCACCUCUUGAAUAUCAUUUUAAGGCCAAGUUCACUACAGUUUUGGACUUAUUUGAACAAAAUAUUACCUACACUCAUUAUUCUCUCCAAAGCGCAAUUGAUUUAUCCAAGUUAUCUGGCUAUGAAUUUGUUACAAUCAGCGGCACUGGUAUAGUUCUUGGAGAUAUAAUUGAAGAGACCCUGAAGUUGGAUGAUAUUACCAUGCAACCCAUCACUGGCAUGGAUUCAAUAAUAAAUGAAAGGAUCCUUUCUCUUGAUGAAGUUGAUAAACGGAUUUCAGGCCAUGUCGAAGAUAAAAAAUCAGAGCCGGGUUUGCUUUCUGGAAUUUGCGACAAUAUCGUUAGUAUUUUCUCUUAAUUUUAUGUACAUUACUAGAAUUGGCCAGAAACUUAAUUUCUAAGCUCACUUUGUUAAAAAAUGAAUAUUUUAAAAUAACAUAAAUAAAUAAUACAUGUAUCAUAUAAAAAGACAUUAUGUCCAUCCGACAAAAUUUGAAAAUAAUAUGACUCCCACGAAGCAUAGUAUUAUGUUAUAAAUGUACAGCAAUUUAUAAAAAAUUGUCAAUUUCCCUUUAUUCCUAGAGAAAUAGUGUAAUAUGGCUGUAAAUUGGAAUGAGAAUUGUAUCAAUGUCAAGGACUGUCUGAAGAAAAUCUGUAUAUGUGAAAACAAAAUCAGAGACAGGAAGGUAACAAUUAAGUGGAAGAUGAGAUUUAAUUCGUAAUUUUCAACGAAUUCGAACAUCAAAUUAAUGAAACCCAUUCGUUUUCUUUUUAAGUUCCUUCGUACUCUUGAUAAAUAUAUCAUCACCACUAAAAGAUUCGGGAAGGUAUAUAUGAAGUGGACAAAAUUGUUAAGUGAGUCAAAGGAAUAAAAUAAUUUCA